UGUGGUGAACAAAGAGCUGAUGACACGAUGAGAACAGCACUCGAUAUGUCAUUUCCAAGUGAUAGUCCAAGAGCUUCGGCGUCGAUCGCCACCCCUUUCCAUGUCUUAAAUGCAACCGCUGAAGACAACCGAUUAUAUACAACGAAUGCCAACAAUGAAACUCCAAUUAAUUUAUCGUUAAAUAAUAACGACACCAAUAAUACAACUCUACAACCGUUUAAUCACUCGAUUGGCAAAUGGAUGUACGAAAGAGACGAUUACGUCAAUGAAAUGGCCAACGAUUUGAAUUUGAAUGCAAUGAAUAGCUUUGUGAGCGACCGCUUGGAUAACGCCGUGAAUGAUGGCUCGCAGGAACUCAGUUCGGACUCAGAUGUAAUAUAUAUCGAUUCCGUCGACGCCGGUCCCAGCGGUAGCGGUAUUAAUGUCCGCAAACCAAACCAUAUCCAAACGAUAGACUGUGAUUCUCUGGAUCUCUCGGCCCUCAAUGUGGAGACUAUUGAGCACUCGUUUAUAACUUUAGACGACUUGAGCGACGAUGACGUCAACCCCGCAGAUGUCCACAACGACGCCAAUGAUGUGGAGAUAAUUAAAGUGAAGUUUUACAGCAAACCCAUUGAAAUUGAUUCCGAAAUCGAAGUGUUAUCCGAAAUACUGACUCCAGAAGAUGUGAUCAAUUUUAUGCGAAUUAAUCUGAAACAAAUCCAAGACACGACUCACCUCUCAUUCACAACUAUUCGUAUACUAUUAAACAAAUAUGAGUGGAAUCGCAACGGCUUCGCCGAUAACGUACUUCAGGUCGGCAUUCAAGCGGUUCUCAAACACUUCAAAUGUGUCAUCAAUUACGAGCCAAAGCCCCGACGCAAUGGUAAACGACGUAAAACUCAACACAAGCUAAUGACUCAGACGAGCACUAAAGAGAAUGUGGUCGCAUCGGUCAUCACCGGAGGGAAUGGACUCGCGGUCGGCGGCGUCGACAACACCGCCGCCAAUACAGAUCUGAAGCAAUGUUUGGUCUGUUUUGAUGAGAUCAACAAAUCCGAUACGUUUGGCGCCGAAUGCAAUCACUGCCUGUGUAUCGACUGCUGGAACCAAUACAUUGCCACUCACGUGAAGGACGCCUCCAGCGACGACUACAUCACUUGUCCCGGAGAUAACUGUUCCCGCAUUAUAGAUGACGACGACAUUAUUGGUAUCAUUCGUGAGCCCAUUGUGUGCGAUAAGUACCGGCGCCUCAUAUCCAACAAGUUUGUCACAUCCGAGAGCCGAUACUUGCGUUGGUGUCCGAAUGGCGAUUGUCUGCACGCCGUUCGGGUCAAGAAUUCCGGCCCUCAAGACGUGGAGUGCAUCUGUAAGACUGUAUUCUGUUUCAAAUGCGGCGAUCAAUGGCACGAACCGCUCACUUGCGAUCUUUACAAGAACUGGGCCGAGAAGUACGCGUCCCAAACGGUGGACCCGAAGUCCGCCAAUUGGCUCACAAAACAUACCAAAUGCUGUCCGAAGUGUAAGUUUCCGAUCGAGAAGAAUGGCGGCUGUAAUUACGUGCUGUGCAGCAAAUGUCGCCACCAGUUCUGCUACCAAUGUCUGGGCCGAUGCUCUCACGGCCGGUGUUUGGGUCAAAACGCGACCGACGCUCAGGAGGCGCAGGCGACCGAUCACAUGUUGAAGAGCGAUAUGAAAGAGUACCCCAAGUUCAGAGACAAUUACCAGAAUCAACACAAAAAGCUAUCUCUGGAGCGCAACCUUCAGGAAGGGGUGACCAAAAAGUUGGAGCGCGAAGUGAAGUGUCAAAACGUUCGGUCGGCCCUCAAGUUCCUAAAGUCGGCGUUCACUGUCCUCUGUCACUGCCGACAGACACUCAUGUAUUCAUACGUUUUCCGAUAUUAUGCGAAGAAUGAACAGCAAGUGAUCAAUCAAUACGACUACCACUUAAAACAGUUGGAGAACACGACUAAUAGUUUGUCCAAAGUGUUGGUCAGUGAGGCGGCGGUCAUCACCAAAGAGGACAUACAGUAUAUGAAACGCAAAGUUCAGGGCGUUUAUCGCGACUGUGAAAGCAAACGGUUGGCUCUCGUCCAGUAUAUCAAGAUUGGUAUUUCAAACGACUCAUGGAAAUACAGUCUCUUAUAA